AUGCCUAAGGAGAAGACCACCCGCAAGACCAAGCGCGGUGUCGAGAAGAAGAAGAAGGACCCCAAUGCCCCAAAGCGCGGUCUCUCUGCCUACAUGAUCUUCGCCAAUGAGCAGCGUGCUGCUGUCCGUGAGGAGAACCCAAACAUCACCUUUGGCCAAGUUGGCAAGGUCCUCGGAGAGCGAUGGAAGGCCCUGAGCGACAAGCAGCGAGUCCCCUACGAGGAGAAGGCUGCCACCGACAAACAGAGAUACGAAGACGAGAAGGCCGCAUACAACACUAACAUAAACCAGAGCCGCCAGGAUGAUGAAGAAUCCUCUUAA